GUGCCGGAGUAGGGACGCCCACUAGAGCCUCACCCACCCCACCACCGAAAAAGAUUCCCAAGAAGAGCGGCGACCAGCGAGCGAGCGAGGAUGCGAUCUCUACGGCCGGCGGUCCUGCUCGUCGUCGCGGCCGUGUGCCUGUUGUCAGUCGCUGGAGCUCUGGCCGACAACGGAACCACCACGGCGUGCCUGUGCACCGGCCCGCAGUGCUUCCCGCCGUGCCCGACGACGCCGCAGUUCCCCUUCUGCCCGCCGCAGCCGCCGCCGUCGCUCGUGCCGUUCCCCUGGCAGUCGUCGUCUUCGCCCAAGACCGGCGAGUUCAUCCCCCAGGAACCAGGAUUCCUCGCUGCGGCGGCGACAUGGCGUGGUCAGACGGCAGCGGCGUGGGUGACGGUCGUCGUGGUGUGCUCUGCUCUCUUGCUGCUUGUAGAUCAGUAGCGGACUCUCUGAGUUCUGGAUCGCUGCUGUAGAUCAGUACAUGUAGGUGCGAGUUCAGGUUCCACUGUCGUCUGAAUACUGAGGCUGCUUUGUGCGCUGACAUGCUGUCUAUAAUCAGAUUAUGUAUUUCAGGCCUUCGAUUCAUUCCAUAUAUGCAGGCUACGAACAAUCUGAGGAUUGACUGGGUU